AUGCGCAGCUCCAUCCUCCUCGCAUCCGCCUCGCUCCUGAGCGGCCUCCAUGCCCUUGCGGGAUCAUGGGGAGUUUCGGACCAGGGCGGCCCCGGAUGGGACGACGAGUACUCCAUCUGCGACAAGUACACAACCAGCAUCCUCGGCGAAAACACGCUCGUCAACCAGGCCCUCCUGAUGACGCUCUUCGGCAAGCGGAUUAACCAGAUGCCGUACUUCAACGGGGAGCUCGCAUCGUCCAACCUGAAGGAGGACAUCGGGCACGGCGUUGCCAUCAUCUGGCUGGAUGGGGGCGGACCCGCGGCCCUCCGGCAGAACUUGACUGCCUUCACUCAGGAUAGCAACCAAUGGCGCUUCUUCACGCAUCUCCACGAGUACUUCGCGUACCUCCUCGGCUGCAGCCUCUACGGCAGCGUGGCAGACCUUUACAGCGGCAGCACCGACAUCGACUUCGAGGAGCAGUACACCAACACGCAGUUCGUGCUGUCGGGCGCGUCCCUCGGUUUUGAUCAGGCGGCGCAGAAGUACAUCGUGCAGGUGCUCAACUGGCUCUUCAGCCACCGUUGCUCCCCGCCCAUGAGCGUGCCGAAAUGGGCCCCCCCUGCGCUGCAGGCUAUGUGCACUGAUGCGGCUUGUGAGCUGUACGCACCGGUUGUUCAGCCAAGGUUUGUUUCAAAUGGAAGUAUCUAUGAUGAGCAGGCGCAGCCACCGAAUCAGCAGGGGGACGACUGGGACGACAAAAAUGGUGAUGGCGGGGACGACGAGAACGGUGACAGUUGGCAAGCAGAGAAUGGGGAUCAUUGGGAGGGAAAGGGCCCUCGUGAGUGA